AUGUACACCAACGCAAUCAUCGCCUUCGGCCUGGCCACCCUUGCCAGUGCCCACAUGAAGAUGGCCACUCCCGUUCCCUAUGGCGCAUCCAGCCUCAACAACAGCCCCCUGGAUGCUAGCGGCAGCGACUUCCCCUGCAAACAGCGAUCUGGAGUCUACGACGCCGAGGGUGCUUCCAACGUUUACGCUCAGGGAGCCGGCGGCUCGCUCUCAUUCAUCGGCUCCGCUGUUCAUGGCGGUGGCUCCUGCCAGGUUUCCGUCACUUACGACGCUAAGCCCGACAAGAACAGCGUCUGGAAGGUCAUCAAGUCUAUCGAGGGAGGCUGCCCCGCCAAGAACGCCGCAGGCAACCUGGGUGACAAUGCCAACCAGAUCAACCAAGACAAGUACGACUUUACGAUCCCUGAUGACAUGCCUGCGGGCAACGGUACCAUCGCCUGGACUUGGUUCAACAAGAUCGGCAACCGCGAGAUGUACAUGAACUGCGGACCCGUCACCAUUACCGGAUCCGAGGGCUCCCAGGAAGCUUACAACGCUCUCCCCGAUAUGUUCGUCGCCAACAUCGGCAACUGCCAAACCGAGGAGAGCACUGAUGUUCAGUUCCCUAACCCCGGUAACUCUGUUGACAAGUUCGGCCAGCCUUCGGCGCUCAAGGCUCCUCCCGCUGCGUGUGGCGGCGGCUCUGGUGGCGGUUCCGACACCCCCAAGCCCAGCAACACUGCCGGCAACGGUGGCGCGCCCGCUCCCACCGCCCCCGCCUCUUCCAAGCCCUCCGCAUCGAAGCCUACCGCCAGCGCUGGUCUCCCCGGUGGUGUUUUCAUCACCGUACCUUCCAACGGUGGCGCUUCCGCGACUCCUACUCCCUCCCCUCCCACGGCGCCUGUGGCCGCUCCUAGCGCCGCUCCCAGCGCUGCUCCUGCCGCCCCUUCCUCCGGCAGCGGCUCCGGCUCUGGUUCUGGCAACGGCACCGAGACCCCUUCAACAGGCGCUGUUGUCCAGACCGUUGGCUCUGCCUGCACCAACGAGGGUGAAUGGAACUGUGUCAGUGGCAGCUCGUUCCAGCGCUGCGCCAGCGGCACCUGGUCUGCCGUCCAGCAGCUUGCCGGUGGUACCUCUUGCUCCGCCGGCAUGAGCUCCGAGCUCAGCAUGGUCGUGACCCGAAACGGUCGCACUCGUGCUCUGCGCCAGCGCUCCCUUCGCUUCCGUUCCGCCUAA